ACAGCGGGCAUCGAGUCAACUGGCGGAACAGCGGGCACCGAGUCGUCUGGCAAGACUGCGGGCACCGAGUCGUCUGGCAAGACUGCGGGCACCGAGUCGUCUGGCAAGACUGCGGGCACCGAGUCAACUGGCGGAACAGCGGGCACCGAGUCGUCUGGCAAGACUGCGGGCACCGAGUCGUCUGGCAAGACUGCAGGCACCGAGUCGUCUGGCAUUGGAUCGUCUGGCUCGACAGCGGGCAUCGGGUCACCAGGCAUCAGGUCAUUUGGCUCGCCAGCGGGCACCGCGUCAUCUGGCAAGGCAGUGGGCACCGAGUCACCAGGUACGACAGCGGGCUCUGAGUCAAUUGGCAUGACAGCGGGCACCGGAUCAGGUACCGGAUUAUCUGGAUCAACAGCGGGCAUCGAGUCAACUGGC